AUGGGAGCUGCGGACAGUCCGAAGAAGCAGUCCCACUACCACCCGCCGCCGUCUCCGAGGGCGGCCGCGUUCAAGUUCAAGCUCAAGAUGGCGGCGUUCGUCCUCCUCACCAACCUCCUCACCUUCUACUUCCUCGCCUCCGGACCUUCUCGCCUCGACCUCGGCCGCCUCUCCCUCCCCAUCGCCUGGGACACCUCCCUCCUGGCCCACCUCAACUCCACCCGCGCCCACCUCGCCGACACCCACUCCCGCGUCUCCGACCUCCACCGCCAGCUCGCCUCCUCCGACUCCCUCGUCAAGGCCCUCCUCGCCGAGCUCGCCCGCUCCCGCGGCCGCCCUCACGACGGUGGUGAUCUCCCGGACGAGGUGAAGCUGGCCGUGGCCCCGCACAAGCUCCCGCUCGGCUACUCUCCGAGGAUGGGGUCCGACAUGCUGCACCCGCCUGUGGGGGUCGCGUGCCUGAGGUUCAAGGAGGAGCUGGCCCAGUACAUGUCGUACGAGGUCGGGGGCGAGUGUCCCGUGGACGACGUGUUCGCGCAGCGCUUCUUGCUGAAGGGGUGCGAGCCGCUCCCGCGGCGGCGAUGCCAUCCGAAGUCUCGGGCCAAGUACGUGGAGCCGACCCCGUUCCCGCAGUCCCUGUGGACGACGCCGCACGACUCGAGCGUCGUGUGGGACGCGUACACGUGCAAGAGCUACAAGUGCCUCGUCGACCGCAACAAGCAGCCCGGCUACUUCGACUGCAAGGACUGCUUCGACCUGGAAGGUCGAGAGAAGCACCGCUGGAUGUACGACAACGGCAUCCUCGACUACGGGAUCGACCAGGUCCUGGCCACCAGGCCACGAGGGACGGUGCGCAUCGGGCUGGACAUCGGGGGCGGGAGCGGGACGUUCGCGGCCAGGAUGAGGGAGCGCAACGUGACCAUCGUGACCACCACGAUGAACCUGGACGGCCCGUUCAACAGCUUCAUCGCGUCCCGAGGGCUCAUCUCGAUGCACAUGAGCGUGUCCCAGAGGCUGCCCUUCUUCGAGAACACGCUGGACAUAGUGCACUCGAUGCACGUGCUGAGCAACUGGAUCCCGGACACGAUGCUGGAGUUCGCGCUGUACGAUAUUUACCGGGUGCUGAGGCCGGGCGGGCUGUUCUGGCUCGACCACUUCUUCUGCGAAGGGCCGCAGCUGAACGGGACGUACGUGCCGAUGAUGGAGCGGGUCGGGUUCAAGAAGCUGAGGUGGAACGCCGGGAGGAAGGUCGACCGGGGGCCGCAGAAGAACGAGUGGUACUUCUCCGCCCUCUUGGAGAAGCCCAGGACAUGAGUUUCAUGCUUUUACACAGUCCUCAUAGAUCGACUUGCUUCCUUUGUUGCAUUUCUUCCUUGAGCUUAGAUGUCACCAGAACUUUACUUCUUGUAUCAUCAUCUGGGGUUGGCAAGGCGUACGACACAGGUUCGAUCGUACGCUCCGAGGAGUUUUACCCCCCUGAAAUUUUGCAAAUUCAUUA